UAAUAUAUCAACAGCCAAGACUUUAGCAAUGACUAUAAAUAGCCAAACAAUACGCUAUCUUCAUCACCAAAUAAAAAAAAAAAAGAGAAUGGAAAGUGUCUUUGCAUUCACAAGUGUUUUAGUGUUAACUUUGGUGCUUCUUUCUGCCAAACUUAGUCCCGUCUCAUCGGCUUGGCUACAAGCCCAUGCAACCUUUUAUGGUGGAAGUGAUGCCUCCGGUACAAUGGGGGGUGCUUGUGGAUAUGGGAAUCUCUACACCGAUGGUUAUGGUAUAAAAACUGCAGCAUUGAGCACCGCUUUGUUCAACGAUGGCAAAUCAUGUGGUGGGUGCUAUCAGAUAACUUGUGAUGCAACCAAAGUGCCCCAAUGGUGUCUUAGGGGGAGGUCCAUUACAAUCACGGCCACAAAUUUCUGCCCACCAAAUUAUAAUCUUCCUAGCAAUAAUGGAGGUUGGUGCAACCCUCCACGACCACACUUCGACAUGUCUCAACCUGCAUUUCUAACUAUUGCCCAGUACAGGGCUGGAAUCGUACCGAUUCUCUAUAGAAAGGUUGGAUGCAACAGAAGUGGGGGCUUGAGAUUUACCAUAAAUGGAAGGAACUACUUUGAGCUGGUGUUGAUAUCAAAUGUAGGUGGAGUUGGUGAGAUUGCUGAAGUAUGGAUCAAAGGGUCCAGAAUGAGGAACUGGGAAAUAAUGUCAAGGAACUGGGGUGCUAACUGGCAAAGCUUAAGCUAUCUCAAUGGCCAGAGCUUGUCGUUCAGAGUACAAACAAGUAAUGGAAGGAUUAGCACAGCUCUCAAUGUGGUGCCAUCCAAUUGGCAAUUUGGCCAGUCUUUCAAAAGCAAUGCUCAAUUCUAGAUCAAUGAUGCUAGUAUUGUUUACAUUUCUCAUAUCUAGUUUUCUGCAGUGUUGUUUCUGA